AUGGUGAAACAGUGUCAUUUCUCCAUACAUCCAGAACUGGUAUAUUUACAUUUUCCAUCAGUUGUUGCAGAAGAUAACCCAGAGCCCAAGGACAAAGGAUCAUUGUCACAACCUCCCAUUACUGAAUUGGAGUCACAUGUGUUCUCAGAAGAACUCACCACCAGCCCCUCUACAUUUGAAGCUACCUCUGUUGAGGGCACUUUGGAGCAGCAGCAGAGAAAUCCCAAAAUGAAGAGACCGAGGCAGUCACCAGCCCAGGAGAAAAGUUUCAGGCAGGUGGUUGUCACCCACAAGAAAAUUCCCACAGGAAAGAAAGACCAUGAAUGUAGUAAAUGUAAAGCCUUCAGCCAUGGCUCACACCUUUUAAUCCACCAGGGACUGCACUCUGGAAAGAAGCCCUAUAUGUGUAGUGACUGUGGGAAAAUCUCCAACCAGAGCUCAAACCUUAAGCAUCAGAGAAUUCACACAGGAGAGAAACCCUAUGAUGUCAUGAAGGGGAAGUCCUUCAGGUGGCGUGUGCAUCUUGUGCAACAUCGGAGGAUUCCUUCAGGGGAGAAGGCUUACAAGUGUAAUGAGUGUGGGAAGGCCUUCCGUCCAAGCUCAUGUCUAAGUCAGCAUCUGAGAAUUCACAGUGGAGAGAAACCUAUUAUAUGCAGAGAAUGUGGGUAAGCCCCCAGAUGGAGUUCAGAGCUUAUUAGACAUCAGAAAGUUCAUGCUAGAAAAGAGCCCUCCCAGUGUACUGAAGGGAGGAAGUGGCCAGACAGAACUGUGCUUUCGUCUAAUCAACUUUACGCCUAGAUUCCAUGAAAGGCAUAAGCACCUUAAGGUUUCUCCUGUGUCUUACUUGAUUUAGGAAAACUGUUUACCUACUCCCACCCACAGAUCACGACUUCAUGUCCUCUGAUUAAAAAGGCUGUGUUGACUAGGACACCUCUGGCUGUAAUAGCCAAAAUGCCUAUUUCAUUAGAGUUCUGGCCCUGGCAGCUGGUUAGGCAGUGGUCAUUCUUAUAUUAGUAUUACUGUGAAUGGAUCUUUGGUCAUGGCCCUUUCUCAGACCUACCUGGUCUGCCCCUUCUGACAGGGUCACAUCUACAAGUGUCCAAGUAUGAGACAGAAACCACACUAGUUAUCUUAACAGGGAACGCUUAAUAGAAAGAAAUAUUAACUAGUAAAAGAGGAUUAUCUGCUAAAGGGCUUAAAGAGAUCUUAAAGAAUAUAGGAAUAGCUGCAUGGGGAACAGCUAUGCCUCUAGGGCUGAGGGAGGUACCCAAGGAAGAAGCAAACUUAGACGAGCCCCCGCUCCCUGAACAAGACUGAAAUUCAGACCUCACUGGACAGGGUAUGGUUAUCCCAUGGUGUACUACAGCUGGUGUGCACAGGCUUGCAAUGGCCAAUUUUUCAGAUCUCUUCCCAAACCUGCAUUAAAAUUGGUCAUGGUGGGAAUAUUCAUACCUUGGAAGUCAAGGAACACUACAAAUCAGGGCUUUUUUUCUUUGAACUAGUUAUUAAAUAUUAACCAGCACAACACUGGCUAUGGCCCCCUGGAUGGUAAAGUUCACCAAGGUGGUGCAAGCCAAAGCAGGAAACCACAGGUUGAGAUGCCAGCGAACUCACCAGAAGAUGGGUGCUGCAUCGUAAGAAUACGGAGGAAAAACUACCAGAACCAGAAGAGAAGCCCCCUCCUCCUUGCUUUAUUCCUCCAGUGCCCUUUACUGCCAUAGCCCAACAUUGUGCCAGCUGCCCAUGGGGAAAUGUUUACAGGUCCAGCUCCAGUAUCAUAAAGUGAGGCAGAGAAUGUUAGAUUUGGAGUUAGGAGGCAAUAAAUUGACAACUGGCCCAUGUUACAAGCUCAUUUCCACCCCAGGACCUCUGUCCUUGUUUUCCACCUCCCUGUCCCCACACUCUCCUCCCCAGUAGUUAUAUAAGUCACCCCUUACUUUAUCUAGCUCUCUACUUAAAUGUCACCUCUUCAGAGAAGUCUUCCCUGACUCUAAGCUACAAGUCUUAUUUGUCUCUCAUGAAUGUCCAGAGGUAAGCAGGUGGUCAGCAAACUACAGCUCAUGGGCCAAAUCCAAAUCCAGCUCAUGGCCUGUUUUGGUUGGUUGGUUGGUUGGUUGGUUUUAUAGCCCACAAGCUAAGAAUGGUUUUUACAUUUUUUAAGUGUUGUAAAAGAAAGUGACAGAGACUUUGUGGCCCGCAAAGCCUAAAAUAUUUACUAUCUGGCUCCUUACAUAAAAAGUUUGCCAAGGGCCAGCCGAG